AUGGUGAAGCGUGAUUCCGCACACUUGCAGUCCCAGCACGCCGACGUGCACCAGGACUUGCAUCCAUCGAAGAAGUUUGCUUCGCACUCGCCGUCCCCGGCCUCACCUGAGCUUUGUACUACGCCAGAAAUGAAGCCCAGCGCAUCUCCAGAGGCUCGAGACCAUGCGCACCACUCCUGCCUUUGGCAAGUUCCUGUGAAGGACCUCAAGGCAUGGCUUCUGGCAUUGGGAGCCGACCUCAAAGGCGUCACCGAGAAGACCGAGCUGGUGCUGCUGCUGGAACAGCUGCACCCAGAGUUUGCGGAGGAGAUCCCGCAAGUUCCGGCCUUUGAGCUUUGA